CAAAAUGACAUUUGAAUUUGCUCAGCUGUUGAUCUUGAUUCUGACUGAAUAUUAUUUAUUUACUUUAAUUUCCAUUAUUUAAUUUUGUUUAUGAAUUAAGUAAUUAACUCAUGAGUUGUGAUGUGUUUACUGUAGUUAUCCAAUUGUACUAUUAUAGUUAGGCAAGCUAAUGUGGUGAUCAAUUUCUAAUUUCUUCAUACACAAUUUUACAAUUCUGUUUUCUGUAUUUGAAUAAUCUCAAGAUACCAAAGAUACCCAUACCCAGAACAUAAUAAACAUCAUAAAUGUCUGAGAUAUCGGAAGAAUAUAUAAAUUGUGUCGUUAAUAAAGUUGCGGCACAGAAUAACCUAAAAGAGUGUAAACAUUCUCAACUAAAUUUUGAAAGUAUCGCUCAAAAUUAUUUCGGCGUCCUUAUUCCUUUAGUGUUGAAUGCAAAAAAUGAUGGUGAAAUUGUGAAGAUUGAUAUUGUUCUGAAGUUGGCUCCUACCAACGAACAAUACAGGGUCAGUGGGGCUCUCACUCAAUUCUUUUUACGUGAAAUAUUUGUCUACUCCGUAAUAUUAGAGAAAUACCGCAUUUUACAAAGAGAUUUUCCACAAUCACUACAGUUCCUAAUGCCUAAGAGUUAUUAUGUCUGCAAGGAGUACUGCAAUGAAGCUAUAGCAAUGCAAAACAUGUGUGUUGAUGGAUACAAACCAUAUACUAAUAAGAUGUUCUUGGAUUUACAUCAUAUAACUUUGUCUUUAAAAUCAUUAGCUAAAUUCCAUGCGUUAUCAUUUAUUCUAAAAGAGAAUGAUCAUAAAUUGUAUGAAGAAUCUCUCAAGGUAUGUUUACCACUUACAGCAUUAAAUAAUAAAAGAUUUAUGGACAUUUUAGCCAACAGAUUGGAAAAAGCUUUGCAGAAACUAGAAAAUACCAAAUAUGUGCCUGUGUUACAAAAUCUUAAACAGAAUCUUGUGAAUAUAGUGGAGUCUGUGAGCAGCAAUGUACAGAGGACAUGUAUUUGUCAUGGAGACAUUUGGAAAGAAAAUAUUCUUUAUAAAUAUAAGGAUGACAAGCCAAUAUCAGCAUGUAUCAUAGACUACCAAACUGCACGAAGAAGCAGUCCAGCGUUUGACACUCUGUACCUGAUUACAACCAGUACCAAUACUGAUUUACGUCACCUCCAUUACAAGGAAUUACUUAGCACAUAUUAUGAAACAUUCACUUCAGUGCUAUCUAAAGCGGGGUUGAAUUCUGAAAUAGAGUAUUCCAGAGUUAUGUUUGAUUCAGAUUUAAAAGUUGUUGGUCCAGCUUGCUUCAUUAUAGCUAACACUGCGCUGUGGCUAUCAAAUGGCCUGCAGAAAGAGGGUCAUGUUAGAAGUAAAAAUCCUUGGAAUACAGAGGAAGAAGAAGUUGAGGCUGUUAAUAGGUAUAAAAGUGCAAUCAUAGGUAUAAUAGAGGAUUUUGUUGGGUAUGGUUACUUGACAUUCAAUUGUAUAUGUUGAUUAUAUAUAUAUAAGAGUAAACAUAUUUUUAUAGAAUAAUUCUUUAUUUUUAUAGAAUAAUUUAAUAUUUUUAAGUUUGUAUUGAUAUCAAGUCCUAUAAUGAUCAUAAUGAUAUUUUUAUAUUCUUUUGAGCCAAAGGAAUUUGUUUCCUUGACUAUCACUUUAAAAGAAAAUAAAUCAAGCAUUAUCCUAGCAUUUAAUUUACCUAAUAAAAUUGUAUGUUAGACAGGUAUAGUAGACAAGAGAACUUAUAAAACAAUCUAUAAUCUAAAACAGAGUUUAAAAAUAUGCGCGCCUUGUGCAUUGUAUUCGAUACUAAUGGCAUGGGAUUGAAAAUAAAACUGUUCGGCUGAACUCGGAUGUUUAAAAUACUAUUUCAGAAAACCGUGGAACCUGACCAGUUUAUUCAUUCGUGUAGCCAUUUCAUUGCGAUCCUACGACCGAUAUCGCGAGAUAAAUGAUUUAUUCGAAGAGUAGUAGUUACUAGUGAAAAAACAUUAUAUUAUUUAAAUUAACGUUAAUAUCCUUACAUUGUAUAGAAGAAGUCCCAUGUCGCGUCUGUAAAUGAUGUUUUAUAUUUUAUAGAAGUUUAUACAAAUAAAUAAUGUUUUACGCAAAUUUCGUUAAAGAAGUGCGAAUCUUGUUCGUGCCAAAUAUUGUGUUUGUGUUUGUGUUCUUAGCCGCCAAAAGCGCGGAAUUUCUGCUCUUUUUAUUUGCGGAUUUUAUUAAUUAAUUGGACCAUUACGCCCCAUGGGGCUUAUUACGCUGUCCAAUUAAAAUGUUUGAGUUAUUAAUAACAUACAAUUGGUGUAAUUUUGUGACAGGGUAAAUUUAAUCAAAUUGUCGUAAUGACUAUGGCUACUCUUCCCGAGCUGUAAAAUAUAAGAGAAAUUAAUUUAACUAAGUAAUUUUUCGUACCUUAGUAGGUAUAAUUUUCGAUAUCGGUUUAUGGUUUUAAAAGAUUUUAUUAACUAUAGGUAAAAUUUCAUUAUGAAAUUAGCAGCACAAAAACUUUCAUUGCCAUGUUGCAGCGAUGAACCCCUCCCUGUCCUGUUAAAAUACCUACCUACCCCAAUUUCUCUUAUGUAAGCGGUUUUUCAGUUUCUUCCCUGGGAGUCCAGAAUCCGCUUUUCAAUGUUUUAUUAUUGCAUGCCUGGAAGGGAAAACUGUAGAACUAUCUCGUAUAUACCACCUAUACUUUGUAACAACACAGUUAUCGCAAUAAAUAUUUUUGAGUUUGA